UUAGCCGGCGGCGGCGCACGGAAUCGGUCAAUUUCCCCAUGCUCCUCCUCAGGCCGGCCCUCCCCGUCACUUCCACUCUCCCAUUCCUCUCCCCCGUCGCCGCCAUCCGCCGCAGGAGCUCGAUCGUCGCCGCCGGCAUGGCAGGAGUCUCCGCCGCCUCUCCCGGCGCAGCACAGAUCGGCAGCUUCCUCUCCAAGAAGCCCUACACGCCGCCGUCCUGGGCCUCGCACCUCUCCCUAGCCCCUCCCCACACCUUCUCCCUCGGCCACUUCCCAACUCCGAUUCACAAGUGGAACCUGCCCAAUUUGCCGGAAGACACUGAAGUAUGGAUCAAGCGGGACGAUCUGUCUGGUAUGCAGCUGAGCGGGAACAAGGUCCGGAAGCUCGAGUUUCUGUUGGCAGACGCCGUUGCUCAGGGCGCGGACUGCGUUAUCACUGUUGGUGGCAUCCAGAGCAACCAUUGCCGUGCGACGGCAGUGGCUGCUAAGUACCUCAAUCUUGAUUGCUAUCUGAUACUGCGUACCUCCAAGCUUCUUGUGGAUAAGGACCCUGGUUUGGUUGGCAAUCUCCUUGUCGAGAGACUGUUGGGAGCACACAUUGAUCUUGUCUCAAAAGAAGAGUAUGGGCAAAUUGGUAGCGUGGCUUUAGCUGACUUGCUUAAAAAGAAGCUUUUGGCAGAAGGUCGCAAGCCAUAUGUGAUUCCUGUUGGUGGAUCCAACUCGCUUGGAACUUGGGGGUAUGUUGAAGCAAUAAGGGAGAUUGAGCAGCAAAUUCAGUUAUCUGGUGAUGUUCAGUUUGAUGACAUUAUUGUUGCCUGUGGCAGUGGUGGAACCAUUGCUGGUCUUGCUUUAGGAUCAAAAUUGAGUAGCUUAAAGGCAAAAGUCCAUGCGUUCUCUGUUUGUGAUGACCCUGAAUACUUCUAUGAUUAUGUUCAAGGCCUAAUUGAUGGACUUCAAUCUGGCUUAGAUUCGCGUGAUAUAGUCAGCAUUGAAAACGCUAAAGGCUUAGGUUACGCCAUGAACACAACCGAGGAGCUUAAGUUUGUUAAAGAUAUAGCUGCAGCAACGGGCAUUGUGCUGGAUCCAGUAUACAGUGGGAAGGGGGCAUAUGGGAUGCUGAAAGACAUGUCUAGCAAUCCAGCCAAGUGGAAAGGACGAAAAGUCCUUUUUAUCCAUACCGGUGGUCUUCUUGGUUUGUAUGAUAAGGUUGAUCAGAUGUCAUCUUUGGCUGGGAGCUGGCGCAGAAUGGAUCUUCAAGAAUCUCUCCCACGCAAAGAUGGCACUGGUAAGAUGUUCUGAUUGAUAUGCUCUAGAAAUUGCUUCCGCUAUGUGUUCGAGUUCCAGACAUUUCAUUUGUCUUAAGAACAUCUGCUGUAUACACUGAUAUAAUUCAAUAAUAAAGAGCACCUUUCUGCCAUUUGGAAAUGAA